AUCUUAUGCGCAUGAGUUUCAUUUCACUUCGCUACUGUAAGGACGGAGAGAGCAUCAGGAACGUUUCAGCAUGUUGCCUCUUUCAAACUGUUAAUGGGAAUUUAACUGCUAUGAACUGAAACUCUUCCAAAAAUCAGUCAACAAGUAGAUCAAAGUCAGUAACGCAUAAGCCAGUUGAAUCCUGAGUCGAUUUUUGGCACAGUAAUAGCGUUAGAGGAAAAUGGCUGUGGAAAGCAUGACUGUCCAUCCAAACUCCCCUACAGCCAACCACGAUCACCUUCUCACUGACGAAAGGGGGGAGGAAGGAGAGCUCGAGGAGGGUGAGCUGGAGGACGAUGGAGGUGAGAUUGAGGUGCCCAGCACUGAGGGAGUUGAGCCAGAGGAGAAACCCACCCGCAGCAAGGAGCGGCACGGUAGCAACUCGGAUGAUGAGAAGGCCCAUCGCCGAAAGAGAAAAAGAAAGAAAGAGAGAGAGAGAGACAGGGAGAAGGAAAAGAGGAGGUCUAAAAAGAGGCGCAAAUCAAAACACAAGCGCCAUGCGUCGUCUAGUGAUGACCACUCGGACUUCAGUGAUGAAUCUGACUAUAGUCCCAGUGAAAAGAGAAAGUAUCGGGAUUACAGUCCUUCGUACCCACCCUCAUCUCACGGAGGUUACGGUCCUCCCUCUUCUCACGGAGGACCCAUUUCAAAGAAAGGCAGCUACAUGAAAAUGGACAAACAGAGCUACAGCGGCUACGAUGAGUAUGAUGAUGAGACCUAUGAGGGGGAAGAGGAUGAGGAAAUGGGUGAUGAUGACUAUGAUGACUUUGCCAAGGAGCUCAAACAGUACCGCAAGGCCAAAGAGGGCAGUGGACCAGGCAGCCGUGGCAGAGGUCUUAAGGGCCGAAUGAAGAACCAGAGAGGCCGUGGAAGAGGGGGAAUGAGAGGUCGUGGGGGUAGAGGAGGAAGCCGAGGAAGAGGGCGAGGGAAGAUGGGAGAUGAUGAAGGGGACGGCAUGUAUGGAGACGAUGUAGAGUACGGUGAUGAUGACUAUGAUGUGGGGGAUGAUGAUUAUGAUGAUUACCAGUACAGGAAAUCUAAGGACAGAGGGCGUGGUGCCAAAGGGAGUCGAGGUCGCGGGAGGGGCAAAGGCGGCAGAGGAAUGAGUCGGGGCCGGGGCAGAAAUAGAGGGAGAGGUCGUGGAGGAGAUCAAGGGCAUGAGGAAGACAGUGGAGAGAUGGAUACAGGGGAUGGAGCAGAAGGUCAGAGGAAGCGUGAUCCAGAAAAGCAUGGCCCAGAGAAGAAGAAGGCUAUCUGCAAGUACUAUAUUGAAGGUCGCUGUACCUGGGGGGAACAUUGCAACUUCAGUCAUGACAUCGAUUUGCCCAAAAAGAAAGAACUCUGCAAGUUCUACAUCACUGGCUACUGCGCUCGGGCUGAUAGUUGUCCCUACAUGCAUGGCGACUACCCCUGCAAACUGUUCCACACUACAGGUAACUGUGUGAAUGGAGACGACUGCAUGUUCUCCCACGAUUCUCUAAAUGAAGACACACAAGAACUACUGGAUAAGAUGUUAGCUGAGGAUGCUGAAGCAGGUGCUGAGGAUGAGAAGGAAGUGGAGGAGUUGAAAAAGCAAGGCAUCAAUCCCCUCCCCAAACCUCCACCUGGUGUUGGUCUUCUCCCCACACCUCCGAGGCAUGGCUCUACAGAUUCUGCUCCUGCAGACUUCGGCAGCGUACCUGCGAACGGAGCUUCAGGCUCGGGCACAGCACCCGAUCCCGGUGCUUCUCUCACUGGCUCGGACGAAGACUCACCAACCCAUGGUCCACCUGCACCACCCGUUUGUCCACCACCUCCCUGUGCGGCCAGCACGGCAAAGAAAAUUCCCUCUUUGUUCGAGAUUGUGGUGAAACCCACCGGACAGCUGGCACAGAAAUUAGGCGUCAGAGGUCCAAAUCCUGGCGUUGCUUGUCCAGGACCUCCAGGUCCUCCUGUGGGACCUCCGGGUUUACCACCUCGUUUCCCUGGUCCACCACCUGGACAUAUGGGGCCUAAUGGACCUCAUGACAUGCCACCCAUGGGCCCUCCGGGAAUGAUGCAGAAUUUCGGCCCAGAUCAGGCCAUGAUCCCACCUGGAGGUGGUCCUUCACGUAAUUUUUAUGACAACUUCUAUCAGCAACAGCAAGGCAUGGGCAUGGAAGACGAAGAUGAAGAGGAUGAAAGCUACAUGGAAAGAGAUGAAGGAAACUAUGUUGAGCAGCCCCCAGGAAAUCAGAAUUCUGGGAAUGUGGAGGGUCCAGGCACCGCAGGCCCAGGUAAUCAGUCUGGAAUAACGGUGCCAGACUUCUUGCCUCCAGCACAGCGCGUACUGUUUAUGAGGAUCCAACAAAAGCAGCAGGAAGAAGAGGAGAGAGCCAGGAGGCUAGCUGAAGGAGGACCUGAGCGGGACAACGAAGGUGAUUCUGCUAACUGGUAUUCCAGUGAAGAUGAAGAUGGUGGUGGCAGUGUCACUUCAAUUUUAAAAACCUUACGGCAGCAAAGCCAGGCGCAGGGGCCACCGAAACCAGAAGGCGCUCUCAGCGACCCCAGAUUGCAAAAGGCUCAACCCGCUCCAGUCCCCAGCAGACCAGCUGACCCCAGGCUGGCUCGAGAUCCUCGAUUAUCACGCAGCACAGACUCUUCCCAGGUCUCAGAGCCCAGUCUUCACUCCCCCCCACCCUCCUCCACUCCCUCAGACCCUCGUCUUGCUCGGCAGGCUGCUUCUGCCGCCGCCCCCAAACCUGAGCCCCCACUAGUGUAUAAACCCCCACCCCUUGUCUCUGCCGUAGUUGAGGAAGAGGAGGUAGAGAGGGUGCUCAGGGACAAGCCCGUCCCGAUACCUCUGGACCCCUUGAUGGGAAUGGCUCUACGUGAUCCACGCUCUCAGCUCCAGCAGUUCAGUCAUAUCAAGAAAGAUGUUGUGCUAAACAAACCUUCUUAUGCCAAGACUGUGCUGUGGAGUCCUGAAGACUUAAUCCCAGUCCCUAUGCCCAAACAGGACUUUCUCCCACUGCCCCCUGGAAUCCCUCCAGUCUCUUCACUGGACCCACGACUCUCACGUGCCCAACAGCAGCUCCACACGACCAUGCCAGCAUCUGUGCCUGUCCCUGUGCCCCCUGCUGAGCCAACCAGUCAAGCCUCCUCUCUUCCAGACUUUGACCUGCUUUCUCGUAUUCUAAAGACUGUCAAUGCCUCCUCAACCAGCCCCUCUCAAGCUCCUCCAGCUGUAACCCCACCUGUUCCUGUCCCCACGGAAAAGCCCGUGGACCCUCGCAUGGCACGGAAAGUCGCUGACCCUCGGCUUGUGCCCCAGAAAUCUGCCCUCAAGCAGCCGUCAGAGCAUCCAGUGCCACAGACCUCUGCAUCGUCUGGACCUCAAGCUCCAACCUCACCCACAACCACCAUCGCGCCCUACGACCCACGCCUGCUCUCUGCUGGUGGGGCCGGCAGAGGUGUCGGAGGGGGUUCCUCCAAUUCUGGUAGCAACGUCCUGAGCAACAUCAGCUUGUAUGACCCACGCAAUCAGAGUUCAGACAAAUCUGAAAAUGUGGAAUCUUCCACUUUGACUUCGGAGUCCAAACCAAGCGAAGGAGCACCCUCCUCGACUAAGUCCAAAUCCAAAGAGCCUCUGUUUGUCCGAAAAUCAGCUCUGGAUCAACCUGAACCAGAGAAAAGCGGCAACGAGCAAGCCACCGACCGCUACAACAGCUACAACCGACCUCGGCCCAAACCUUCACCUUCGCCCAACUCGGGAGCUACUGCGACAUCCGUAGGGUCAUCUCAGACUUCCCAGGGUGCACCCGGAGCUGCAGAGGCACCGUCCGGAGUGCACAAUCUGCCCGUCUCUACACUCUUCAGCAUUGUGAAACAGGCCGGCAAGCCAGGUGGCACAGGAAGCCCGUUUGGUGGCAAUAGCCCCGCACAGCCAGACACAACAGAGCAGGACAAUGGCUCGUUAAAGGAUGUUUUUAAAGGUUUUGACCCCACAGCUUCACCUUUCUGUCAGUGAAUUCGUACCCACAGCUCCGACACUAGGCGGCAUGGAGCACUUUAAGACAUUGAGGAAUGUUCAGUCUUGAAAGAAAGUUCACAGACAGUGGAUUUCUAUGAGCUUUGAUUGGGAGGGAACUCUGUGGUGGAAAAAUCUCUCACAACACCUAAAGGGUAUAUGGUGAAGGACAGUUAAGAGACAUCUAUAUUUGCCUAUUUUAAAACCAAAUAAAAACUAUUUAAAAUGCAUUUAUUUUAGAACCACAGACAUUGGUCUUUAUUUACGUUUGAGUAACUUAAGUACAGGAUGACCUACAUGUACCCUACCGCUGUAAACUGCCUGUCCAUUCUGCAAUGACUUUAUCUCCACAGUGACGUAGAUAAGGAAAUCUUAUCUUUAAAUAGAAAGCGUGGGUGUGUUGGAGUAUCCCAGAAUCCUUACAUCCUCCCCCUUAUAUUGCAGGACAAAUCUGUAAGAGUAAGCACUGACUCUCCCAUGCUUGCUUGGAAAUCUUUUAAACUCUUUUAGCUAUCCCUCGCUCCCUGUGCUGCACUGAGUUUCAUUUAUGCUCAUUCUGUAUUUUUUUUAUUUGUUUAUGGACACCUUUUUCUCACUCUCAACUCCUCUCAGGAGUAACAAAACUGUAUAACAAAACUCACAAUUGUUAAUUUUGUGUAAAUUAGUGUGUCACGUGAAACUGUUUUAAUUUAUUUUUUAUACUUUAAAAAGUCUGCUUUUUCUUUAUGUGGCAGUACAUUAUAAUCAUAUUUACAUAGACACACAGUUAUAUAUAUAUAAAUGGAUUUGUGAUGUUCGACACCAGAAGGGCCCUGAUGAUUACAUAAUACUGUUUUUCACCAUCUUACCCUAAACACAUGGUUUUUCAUAAGGACUUGUUUAAAAAAAACAACUUUUUGUGUUUUGUUUGGGUUUGCCCUUGGUAAAAACUGCUCUGUAUAUAAAAUGUGUCCAUAUUUGACAAAACAUUUUGUAACCAUUCAGUAUAAGUAAAGUUGUGAACUGUAUAAUAAAGGAAAUACCAGAUUGAACAUGA